UUACAAUUAGAAAAGAAAACCUUUCAAAGGCCCCGCAUGAGCCACUGAACUGACCUCCGAUUCUCCUCCCCCGCGUAGACUUUAGAGGAGAAGAGGUUUGCAUAGAAGUUAAUUUUUUUCGAAAAAUUUCUUUCCAGAGCUAAUUUCUAGAGUUAUUGUCACUUAUCAUCUUCUUCCUCACAAUUGGCGAUUAUCACUAUUUGCAGCUAAUUGGCAUCUUAUCAUCAUGAAAAUGCUGAUGUCAACAAUUAAUACUGCUGCAUCCCCUCUGUUACCACCAGUUAGAACAGGAGGUCCCUACCAAAAAGAAGCUGAUUAUAAUAAUGGACCUAACCUAGUUGGUAUGCAAGCCUUACCAUGUAAUGUAAGAAGAGGAAAACUUCAAAUUGGCAAAUCUCAAAAUCGGUCACGUCAUAUCAGAUGUGAUGCUGCUUUGAAUGCCACAUGUGCAGCUGCGCUGACCCAAACUGUGACGCGUGAAUCUCAGACAGUUACUCUUACUCCUGGUAAAGCAAAGACACCUCAACUUGACGACAACGGGCCUGGCCUGCCACCGUAUAGAGAUGAUGGCAAUGGAGGUAACGGGGGAGGAGGUGGUGGCAAGUUUUCAGGUGGGUUGGUCCUUUUGGGGAUUCUUGGCGUCUUGGACAUUUUAAAGGAGAUGGAGAAUGAGUGGCGUCGCAAGGAUGAUGAUAGGAGAAGUUGAGGCAAGAGAUUUUGUUGUAUUCCGAAGAGAUUGAUGAUUAGGCCGUCAUUGCCCUCCUGAUUGAUGUACAUUUUCUGAGGAAUUUUUCUUAAAGGAAAUAAUUAAUGCUUAUACAAGUAUAUAGACACACGCACAGAAAAUGAAUUUUAAAUUUCUACUGCAGUUAAGGAACUGUUAGUGA